AUGGAGUUAUCAAUAGAGACAUUAAAGGAGAAGUUUUUAAAUAUGAACAGUGACAUUGAAUUGAUAGAAAGGAAAUUAAAAGAUGAGAUGGAGAAAAUAUACGAAGAUAAUAUAAAUCCAUAUUAUUUAUUAAAAGAUUUUGAUAGAAUAAAAAAAGAUUUAGAGAAUAUACACAAAGAGUUAGAUAAUUUGUAUAUAAAGAAAAAUAAAAGCAUAAAUUAUUUACAUCGACAAAUGCAGAAUUAUAAUUUUUUAGUGAACUUAGAAAAUAAUUUAAAUAUUCCUACAACUUAUUUUGAUAAAUAUAAUAGCUCUGAAAUAUUACUUCAGAACUAUUUUUAUGAAAAUAUCAAACAAUUCUUAUUAAAUAUAAAUUACAAUGAAAUAAAUAAUUUAAUCUUUCAAGAUUAUCAACAAAGAUAUAUGGAUAGACAACCACCAGUAGAAGAAAAUAUAAAUAAAAUGUAUAAUGAGCAUAGUAAUUUAAACGAUUUUGAUUUAAAUUCUUAUACUGGUCCAAAUGAAAAUCGUGAAAUGGAAAACGAAGAUUUAUAUACAAAUGGUACACAUAAUAAAAAUUAUAUGGAAAAUAAAAAUAAUAUGAAUAAUCAAAAUAAUAUGAAUAAUCAAAAUAAUAUGAAUAAUCAAGAAAAUGAUGAUUUGAAAAAUAUAAAUGAGAAAGAAAACUUCUUUGUAGCAAUUGAUGAGGCCACAUUUCAAUCAGUACCAUAUUUAAUAAGAAGGCGAGCAAAAUUGGAAGAUAUAAAUAUGAUUUAUAAGGCAUUAUAUGAUAUAGCCAUGAAAUCUGGAAACUGUUUCCCUGUGGAGAAGUCAGAACUAUUGAAAAUGAAUUUACAAGUAUUUGGACAAACAGGAGAAGCUAAAAUUGCCACAUUAAGAUAUUUAAAAAUUAUAGAAGUCCUUAAUAAAAAUUCUUCGGUUAAGCUACUUAACUGCUUGGGCUUAAAAAAGAAAAAAAAGAAAAAAGGAACAAGCAUAGGAAAAUAA